AUGCUUGGAGAGUCGCUGAUACUCAUGGGAGAGAUUGGAGUGAACGACUAUACCUACGCGUUUUUCGAAGGAAAAAGCAUCGAUGAGAUCAAAGAGCUAAUUCCACUUAUAAUCAACGCCAUAUCUUCUGCAAUUGUGGAUUUAGUAGGUUUGGGAGGCAAAACAUUUAUGGCGCCCGGAACCGUUCCGCUUGGAUGUUUCACGGCGUAUCUUACUCUAUUUCAAACCGUGGUAGAAGAAGAAUACGACCCUGUCACAGGUUGUCUUACAUGGCUCAAUGAAUUCAGUGAGCACUACAACAAACAUCUCAAGAUAGAACUCAAUCGACUCCAAAAGUUCUACCCUCAUGUCAACAUCAUUUACGCCGACUACUACAACUCUAUGUACCGGUUUUUCCAAGAACCAGCCAAAUACGGGUUUAAGAAGAGACCUUUGGCUGCUUGUUGUGGAGUCGGAGGUCAAUACAAUUUCACAGUUAAUGAAGAGUGUGGAAAAAGAGGAGUUAGCUAUUGUCAAAAUCCUACUGAGUAUGUGAAUUGGGACGGUUAUCAUUUAACCGAAGCCACGCACCAGAAGAUGGCUCAUGGUUUACUCAAUGGUCCUUAUGCAACUCCUGCAUUCGACUGGUCUUGCUCUGGUUCAGUGGAUAAAGAGUAUUCUUUCAGCAGUUAA